AUGGAUUCAAUUAUGAGACCAUUUCAAUUUUAUCCGACUUAUGUUUUUGAUGAAGCAAAGCAUAAAAUAGAUGUGGUCGCUAAGGAAUACCUUCAAAAAGCGAGUGAUGACACACAUCAUCUUGUUCCUAUUGACGUUCCUGGCGAUGGACAUUGUUUAUAUCAUUCUAUUGUUCUUUUGAUGAACAAUCCAUUAGUGACGGCCACUGAAUUGCGAGUUCGAACGGUUAUUGAACUUAUAACCAAUGAAAACUAUUACGAUACCAUGUAUUCACAACAUGCAGGAACUACCGAUAUUAUUAUUCAAGCAGCUUGCAGAAAGGGAAUGUAUUCUGAAUUACAUGAAAUUGCUGCAUUAUGCAAUGUACUACAAUGUAACAUACGAAGUGUUUAUCCAAAAAUUGAUUUUCAAUAUUAUAAGGCAAUUUGGGAUAGCGUCUUUACACCUAUUCCACCUGUUAUUGGCAAUUGUAACAUUGCAAUCUUAUGGUCAAACACUUUGCACGAAAAAGAUGCUCGAGAAACGUAUAAUGACACAUGGAGACCAAAUCAUUUUGUUCCACUUCUGUCGCCACCUAUUCUUAAUGAAUUUAGUAGUCAAUCAGUGUCACUUGUUGUAGUAAGUUAG